AUGUCACUAAAAGAAAACAGUGAGGAAACGUUAAGUUCAACUACAACUACGGUACAAAAUUUCUUGAAUUAUCGUCCAUUUGAAUUAGAUUUAUCUGAUGAUGGUUCAAUUGCAAGUGAACCCGACCAUGAACAUUCUUCAAAAGCGCGUCGUUCAUCGACAGGGAAGCAACGUAGAUCUUCGACGGCUUCUCAGUUAUCGCCAUCUAUUAGCAGUUCACUUCAAUUAGGCGGACCCUUACCAUCUUAUCCAGUUAGCUUACGGAAACAGAUUGCCAUUAUUAAACAGCAUUUGCUGUUUCAUAAAUUCAUCGAUGACAUUCAGUCACGUAGUUUGUUUUUCUUGAAAGAAUUUAUGGAACUUAUUAACCUUUAA